UGCAGAGCCGUGACAACAAUUGAAUCUAAACCGGAAAAUAUUGGGAAUGGUUAACGUGAGCCGGCUCACCGUAAUACAAUAAUAAUAUUUUAAAAUUCGAGAUAAUAAAGAUAGAGAGAAAAGAGGCAAAGAGAGACUUAGAGAGAAGUGUUUGUCCCCUCUUGACAUUAUUCGCCGCAGACGAUGGCGAGAGCAGCAUGUAGCAGCGUCGUCACGGCUCUGUCUUUGCUGCCGUCCAAGACGACUCCUCUCCUGAGAAACCAUUUCCUCCUCUCCGGCAAGUCCAAGUUCGUCGGGGUUUUGACCCUCGAGAAACGGUGCUUUUCCUCCAAAGUAAGCAUGAGCUUGAAAGCUGGAAUCGUCGGUCUUCCCAACGUCGGCAAGUCCACUCUCUUUAACGCCGUCGUCGAAAAUGGAAAGGCUCAAGCUGCUAAUUUCCCCUUUUGCACGAUUGAGCCGAAUGUUGGUAUUGUCGCAGUUCCUGAUUCGCGUCUUCAAGUGCUCUCAAAGCUCAGCAAUUCUCAGAAACUGGUCCCUGCUUCCAUUGAGUUCGUCGACAUUGCUGGUCUUGUCAAGGGAGCCAGUCAAGGCGAAGGUUUAGGGAACAAGUUCUUAUCUCACAUCCGAGAAGUCGAUUCCAUCCUCCAGGUGGUGCGCUGUUUUGAGGACAACGACAUUAUUCAUGUCAAUGGCAAAGUUGAUCCCAAGUCUGACAUUGAUGUCAUCAAUCUCGAACUUAUUUUCUGCGACUUGGAUCAGAUUGGUAAAAGAAUCGAGAGACUUAAGAAAGGGAAGGCUAAGGACUCGCAAUCCAAAGUCAAGGAGGAAGCCGAAAAAUCUGCUUUGGAAAGAAUCCAGGAGGCCCUUCUGGACGGGAAACCUGCACGGUCAGUUGCAUUGACUGACCUCGAGAAGGAAGUCGUAAAACAUCUCUGCUUGCUUACGAUGAAGCCUAUGAUCUACGUGGCAAAUGUUACUGAAACCGAUCUUGCUGAGCCUGAGAAGAAUACUUACGUCCAAGAAGUCAAGGGUCUUUCUUCGGAUUUGCAGUCUGGACAUGUGGUUGUUUCAGCACAGGUUGAGUCUGAGUUAACAGAACUUCCUCUUGAGGAAAGGAUAGAAUACUUGAACUCGCUAGGUGUCAGCGAAAGUGGCCUUGGGAACCUCAUCAGGGCAACAUACAGCCUGCUGGGUUUGCAGACGUACUUCACUUCUGGUGAAAAGGAAACAAGAGCGUGGACGAUACACGCAGGCAUGACUGCGCCACAAGCUGCUGGUGUCAUUCACUCCGACUUUGAAAAGGGUUUUAUUAGAGCUGAGACUGUUGCAUAUGAAGAUUUUGUCUCUGCCGGGUCUCUUGCCGCAGCGAGAGAGAAAGGACUUUUGAGAUCAGAGGGUAAAGAGUACAUUGUUAAAGAAGGAGAUGUGAUGCUUUUCCGCUUUAACGUCUAACAAAAACCCAAGAUCUCUCAGUCACUUUUGUUCACAGAAACAUCACAGGUUGGUCUUUCAUAGCAUCGAGUUUGAUUGCUCUUGGUUUUGCAAAAUAUAGAGAUAUCUUUGUUUUGUUUUUUUACACUCGAAGAGAGUAAUUUGUUGUGAAACAAAAGAAAUGAAAAAACCCCUUUGGGAUUCUCUUUUGAAGUGACACCAAUUAUGGUUUACAAAGGAUACAAAUUCGAGCUUGUUUUUCUUUUAGUUGAUUGAUAGACAAAACGGGCGGGCAAAUAACAAGAAAGUUAUUAAACUGAUUCAGUGGAAUGUAAUUACAAAUACAAGAAACAAUAAGAAAUGGCGAUUAACUAAACAAAAUAUACAAAUGAAACAUCAAAAGACAAAAGAGAUGCCAAGACUAGAAGACACAGUCCAAAACGCAGCAGGACAACAUUGCAGCCGAACUGCAAAUUAAAAAAAGUGUAAAAACACCGCUGCCUUUGCUCUGCGUCUGAGGAGACUGCUGCACGGUCUGGGGAGAGUCAUUCAUCACCGCCGGGUAACCCAUCGGUGGCGGCGCCGCCACAUACGGUGGCUCUGUCAGUGUCUGCUUCGUUUCUUGUUGCUGCUGAUGAGCCAUUUUGUUUUGUUUAUGUAUUAUAUGGAGCUUGGAGAGCUGAGGAUGAACAUGACUUUUGAAAUUAUAUAAUCUCUCUAUUUAUUCUUUUUUUUUUUUAAAUGAUAGAGUUGCCUAUCCGUUUUCUUCGUAGAAACUUCUGAUUUCAGACCGAGCAACGGCCACCGAAACGCGUUUCAGAGUAGAAACGACGACAAAUCGCUGAUUCUGGUCGUCUCCCAAGUUUUCCAGGACGACGCGUCUGCG